AUGGCCUCGGCUGCGCCGAGACGGCCUGCUGGCAGUAGGGUGGCAACCCAACAAAGGGCUGAGUCCCUGAAGGAGGCUGCGCCUCAAGAAGGAACGCUUCCUUCUCCAAUGGCGGCAGCGCCGCACCCGCAAGAGGACUUUCGACGUCAUGGUCGUGGCCCCGGAUCGACGCACUCCGAGCCGAUAGGUGGCAGAGGAAAAUCCACUGGGAAAGGCCAGAUGCAUGCCCAGCCCAUUCCUGGUCAGGGAUGGUUCACAGAUGGGCGCCAGUGGUGGCCAGUGGACCCUGCAAUGAUGAUGGCUUCAUGGUCGUCAACGCCCUACUCAUCAUGGAGUUUCCUGAGCCAACAGACUCAGGUGAACCCCAUGGAGUUCGAGAAGAUCGGAAAGAGCCAACACGGCACUGGCACAAAGACGCAGACGAAGACCAAGACUGAGCCAGAAGCCGAGAAGCCAUCAAAGAAGGAUAAAGGCAAGGACAAGGAGAAGAAGGAGGACGCAGGUCGAAAAGGGAAGAAACCAAAGGAGGAGCCUCCCGAGGAAGAUCCGCCCGACUGGGGCGACGGAGACGAUGGGGAAGACCCAGAUGGGUCGGAUUACACCUAUGAAGAAGAGAGCGAGGAGGAGGAACUCCAAGAGCCAGACCAGGAGGUCGAAGUCACACCUCGGUCUGCGGUCAAUCUGACACCGAGGAGCGCAGAAGGUGGAGGAGCCGGGCCGCGACCCGAACAGGCCAGGCAGCGACCUGGACCCAAGCGACGCGCGGCGGCGCACAGGGUGCAUCAGGCGGCAGCAGAUCCGCCUAACAGACGCAGACGUGGUGGAGCACCACCGGAUGGCAGCGGCCCUCCAUCCACAGCUGGUUCGGGUGCACCUUCAAGCCGAAGAUCAUCGACGAUGAACACGGAUUCAGUUCGAGACCUACUGCAUCAGCGAGACAACCGCCCUGAUGGAAGGGCCAGGGCAAACCUGGGCCAAGUGAGACUGGAGACGUUCUCCGGAGACAGGUCCCAGUACCGCAACUGGAUGAAGACGAUACAGGCUCAGAAACAACUGUAUCAAAUCCAGGACAACGAGCUGGCGGUGCUGAUGUUUUUGAGCACGACAGGAGAAGCUCGGGAGGUCUUGAAUCAGCUGGAGGUGGCCGACAUGCAGCAGGAGGGAGGCCUUCAAAGGCUAUUGAGACUCCUUGAGGAGGCUUAUGGGAGUAAGGCGGAUGAGAGAUUUGAGGAGAGGCAGUCCGCUUUCCUCAAUUACCGCCGCUCUCCUGGCCAAAGCAUAGCUGCCUAUCUAGCAACGCUCAAGCGUUUGCGCACCGAGUACUUGCGCGAGGACACAGGCACAGUCAUAUCUGACCGCGCAUUUGCGCAGCGGAUGCUGACCAGAGCUGCACUGACACGCAAGGAAAGGUACGACUGCUUCUUUGCGGCGGGCGGUUCUUACCGCUCGGCCCCAAUAGAGAAGGUCUUGAGGUUCCGGUGUGCGCAGAUCCACCUGGACGAACACCCGUCGAGCCGACGGCAGGAAGACCGCGCCGGUCGGGCUGUGCAGCGCCAGCCGCAGAGGAAGAAGGUCUACAAGAGAUCAGACCGCCGAGGUCCCUACAGGCCUACGAGACAUACCCAUGUGGUGGACGAGCAAGAAGAUGAGGGGUAUGACUAUGAGGAGGCCUACAACGACACGGACGACGAGGACUUCGAGCAGGAGGCACUCAUGGCAGAGGAGGACAUGCCCGAAGAGGAGGAUUGGUCACAGGAAGAGUUCGACGAUGAAGAGCUCGAUGAUGUGGACCAAGCGGCCCUCCAGGAAGCCUUUGCAGCUGGAUGGAAGGCAAAGAACAAGACUGCAGCAGCCAGGCAGUCAAGAGGAUACAAAGGCGAUGGAAAGCCUUCGAAGGGCAAAGGAAAGGGCAGGCGUCCAGACUCUCGCAACCCAGAAGAAAGGAAGAAGAACUCGACCUGUGCAUCGUGUGGGCAGAAGGGUCACUGGCGAGGAGACAGUGUCUGCCCAAAUGUCAGGUCUGGAAAGGAUGCACCACAUCGCAAGGAGAACUCCACCAACUACACCACCGGCAGAUCCAAUCGAGGCAGCGCCUCAAGUGCCGCUGGAGGGGCCCGCGAGCCCCCACAAGAUGUCCGAGAACGAGAUGAUCGAGAACCUCUGCAGAGGAAGCUGCACCCCAGCGGGUUGAAGAGCACUGGGAAGGCUGCGCCCCCAGAACCUCCUUCACCUCCCCGGAGAGGAGCAAUCGACAAGUCUCCAGCAGACACCUUUGUGGUCCCGAGAGCACCACGGGAACCUCCACCACCAAGGCGUGAACCCGAGUUGGAACCCAAGGCGGAGAACUCUCCAGAGAAGCCCAAGCCGAAGAGAAGAAAGCAUUCGGCAGGGGAAGAUCGAACGAGAAGAUCAACUGGAGAGGAACGAGACAAGAAUCGAGACAGAGAUCGUGAUCGUGGUCGACGUCGUCGCCGACAGGAGGAGGAGCAAGCGGCUGCAGCCGGCACAGAAGAACCUCGUGCGGCAGCUGCCAACGAGGAGGCCUUUGUCUCGCAGCCAUCAUCAGGUGUCACAGCGCGGCAGUGCAACUGGACACUGAUGGUUGGCUCAUGGGAUGUGAUCAAAGACUAUAACUCUGAGGCAGAGGAGACGGUCUCAUCUCAUUCGGACACAAGCGACAGCGAGAUUGACGAGUACGUCAAGAAGUAUCAGCUGCAUGACCCACCAGCGAUGAAGAAAACCACCAAGGAGAAGCUGAAGGUCAAGCUGCUGACAGUUUUGAAAUCCCUGGCAGAGGACGAGGAGGAUGCCGAAGUGAAGAAGCGCUUGAAGCGCAAAGAGAAGCGCCUACAGGACAAGGCGGCAGCUCGAGCCACUGGCUCUCAGGCUUCUGGAUCAGAGGCACCCAGGAAGUCAAGAGCCAAGAAGGAGACCCCGGAUCCGAAGUUGGAUGAGGAUAUGGGCCUAUCUACAGCGGAUUUGCUCCAGCUCCUGCCGCACAUGAGCAAGGAGGAGAAAAAGAUCCUCUACCGCCAGUUGAAGAAGGAACGUGAAGACGAGGCGGUGAAGCUUUUCGGGAAGAACGCGGCCUCAAGCACCCCAACAAUGAUGAAGAGGCCAGAUCGCCGCCGCGAUGGGUACUCGGCUGCGUCCGUACCUUCUGGAACAGUGGGCCGCGGCCUAAGAAAGGAGGACGUGCAGGAACCUCCAGACAUGGAAGCCACGAUGCCCGUUGGAGUUCGGAAGAAGCGCAUGGACCAGUUCAGGAAGGAGCUCUACGAGGCGGCGAAGAACAGAAAAGGGCGCGUGGUACCAUCUGAGGCGUCGGAUUUGCCGACAGCUGAACAGGAAAAUUGCCCUCACCCUUUUGAACGACUGUUGUGGGGAGCAAACUCGAAUGCCCAAUGGGCAAGCUGCCGAGACUGCAAGCUUCGAAAGGUGCUGUACUAUUCGGCUAUGCAUGGCGCAAUGGCAGUGGACCAGACUAUGCCGGACAUCCUGGAGGAGGACAAUGGAGCGUACCACUCCAACAUCCUGGCCCCUGGCCAUGUCAUUCUGGACACAGGGUGCAGAACAGCAGUGGCCGGUCGAAACUGGCACAACAACCUCCAGGAGCUCAUGCGCAAGAAAGGGAUGCCUUUCUACAAGGCAUACCAUGAAGAGGUGUUUCGCUUUGGUGCAGGGGCCCCAGUUUUGAGCACAGAGGCGUUCAUCUAUGCCAUCCAGAUCUAUGACCACAGAUCGUGGGUUCGCAUUGCCGUUGUGGACAAUACUCCAGAGGAUGGCAGGGUGGCAGAAUGCCCUGGAUUGGUGGGCCCGGCAGAGCUGGCCAGAUGGAAAGUCCAGAUCGACUUUGCCAAGCUCCAAGUUGCCAUCCAUGGCAAGUGGCAGCCAACAGUUUUGAGUCCUUCGCGACACCCCAUUCUGAACUUGCUCAACGUGGGCAACCGUCCAGAUCCUGGUCAAUGGGAGGUUGGCGAGCUCAAGGAGCUGAGGCAGCGCCUCGCGGCAGAUCCACAUUCAUUUGCCCUCCUGCAGGAGGCACUUGAUGAGCUGAGCUCUGAUGCCGGCAGCGCCGGGGAUGAAGCACCAAACUAUGAGGCUGUGCAUUGGACGGCACAGCAGCUGGAUUCGAUGGCCAAAUGGCAACAAGACACCGAGUCGGAGGCCAUCAAUCUGUUGGACGUCAUCGGCACGGAAUGCUUCCGGGUCACCACAGGUGGGGAGCGUGACGAUAGCUCCACUGGAUCAAUCAGCGAGAGAGAGAGUGAAACCUCUCAUGAAGGUGGACUUCCAAUGGUCUUGGAUAGCAGUGCACCGGAGUCCACGAGUUCAGAGGAGGAGCUGCCCGAUGAUGUGAUGAUGGCCGGCAGCGCCGGUGACACAGAACAGCUGACCAAAGGUCAGAAGAGGAGGCUGCUUUCAGCCACCAAGCAGGUGAGCGAAGCGGUUGAGGUCGAGUGCGAUCGACGCCGCAAGGAAAAGGAAGUUCCACGCUUUCGACGUCUGAGGACAGGGCUGAAGAUCAUGGAGAUCUUCACUUGGAGCUGCAUGCUGUCAAGGUUCGCCUAUGGUCUGGGAUGGGAGUACCUAGAACCAGUCACACUCCCUGGCUGGGAUCUGACAGAUCCUCGCAUUCAACUGGAAGCCCAUGACUACAUCGACAAGGUGGACCCCGAUUUUGUCAUGUUGGCAUGGCCCUGCGGGCCCUGGUCGCUGCUCCAAAAUCUGAACAGCAAAACAUGGACGGAAGCUCCUCAAGUUCUCUGCACAGGUGUCUCUCAAACGACAGAAGCGUGGCCGCGCCACCUUGGGAGAAAACCCGCUCACAAGCUUGGCUUGGAAAGAAGACCCAAUCAUCGAUGGUUUUGGUGA